AAGUCGCGACAUUUUAAAAUAAGAAUUCAAUGGCGAAUGCCGUGGCACAGGAAUUGAACUCGGAAAUCGAGGCAAUCUUGCGCUUGUUCGUUUGUAGUAGGAGCAACCCGGUGUCGUCACGGAUUGAUUCUACAUCCCUUUCGGAACGUACUUUCUUGUCGCACGAAUGUGUAAUCAUUUGGAAAACGUACAAAGACACGCGAUCGAACAAUCGAAGAAAGUUCACUAUUGAUUCAAAGCGUCUGGCGAAUCCGACGAGUGCGUCGAACGAGGAAAAACAGAAACAACAGAAAAGAAGGAAAUUGAGAAAAGGAAAGAAAGGAAGAAGAGGCAGGAGCAAGAGACGAAGCGUUACGUAAUGCCGGGUCGCGGGAGAUAGAUAUAACGAGUUAAUUACACGACUACAAUCUCUCGCGGGAUCAAUGUACCGUGCAGAAAGAGAGAAGAUAAUCAGCUGUGAACGACGAAGACAGCAAACGUCUAAGAGCGUAACAUCGAUCCUCGUAUACAAAGGACUAAAGAAUCGUCUAACUUUCUCAUAGGAAUGAAAGAAAAUUAAACAUAUUUAUUUACCGGAAACGCGAUCACGCAACAUUUUU